GUGGUGACGUCACUACGCUCGGCUGUAGUACGACGUGGCUUUUUCUGGCGGAGUAGCUGGUAAUGGUUGGGUAGGAUUCUUUUUGCUGUAGCGUGAAGAGAUGGGGCUUGAGUGGCUUGGAGUGUCUCCUUUGGGGGAGGGGUGCUUGGAUGCUGUUCUUCGGUGUGCUCUGGGCUGGCCUCGGCGUGGGGAUGUGAGGGCAGUCAUGGAUCAGGUAAUGCAAUUCGUGGAACCCAGCCGUCAGUUUGUUAAAGACUCCAUACGACUGGUUAAAAGAUGCACUAAACCUGACAGGAAAGAAUUCCAGAAGAUUGCAAUGGCAACAGCAAUAGGCUUUGCAAUAAUGGGAUUUAUUGGCUUCUUUGUGAAAUUGAUCCAUAUCCCUAUCAACAACAUUAUUGUAGGCGGCUGACUGCUCAUCAUGAAGAAGAGACAUUGUGACAUUUGCUGCAAAAAUUUCACAAUUGUGUAACUUGUUUGUUAUUAAACAGUUUUGGGUUUGCAAACUCA